CGUGUCUUCAGGUAGCCCUCUGCGGUCCAUCGAGAUCAAAAUCACUUGCAUCAAGGGGCAGGGUCAAGACAGGUUGUUGUCCAGCAGCGAUGGGUGGGCCGGCCUGCAGUGAGGUACGGGGAGGAAGACUGUCGUUGCCAACGCGGGACGGCCCUCUCAAGAGCGUGCCCUUCGACGGGAGAUAGGGUGGUUGGCUGUUAGCUGUUGAUGGGUCGGUCCGGUUGCUGUCCAUGGACAACUUGAGCAGCCGGGAUAUCUGUUCGUCUUUCAGAUGGAGAUAGCGAUAGCACUCAUCCAGCUGCAUGCAAUGCAGCCAUCCACAACACACACAAUCAGGCAAGGCAAUCCAUGCCUCCAUUUCUUCCGUACCUCACCUCAUGUUUGAGUCGGGUGUUCUCCCUCAAGCCCCUCUCCAGCUCAGCGUCGCGAUCUGACAGAGCUGCCUCAAGGGUUUCUGCAACACACACCCAAACAUAGCCGCCAUAUGUCCCCCCGCAGUGCCGCCCACGUUACAGCUCUCACCGGUGCGUCGUUCCAUGGUUCGUAGCGCCUCUCCCUGCUCCCGAAACCUCUGCACAUCGACACUCCGCCUCUCCGUCGAAUUCCUCAGGGUCAACAACACCUGCACCCAUCGGCCGCACAACCACCGACCACAAAAAUGUAUGUGUGUCUGUCUGUAUGUGUGGCAUCUUGUGUGUGUGUGUCCCCCCAUGCACCUUGCUUUGGAAGGACAGCUGCUGAUGCAGCCGUGACAGCUCGGCCUGCUGCUCCUCAACCAGCUCCCGCAAAUCGUCCCCUCUCUGCACAGCAAUGCGGUACUGAUGCAGAGGCACACUCUCACCCUCGGGCUGGCCAUUCUCUGCAGCGUCGACAUGCCGCGAGGCACGUGAGCCAUGACGGUGUGUUCCAUCCUGCAUAUCUCUGCUGCC